AUGGCGCCGGUGUACAUCGCUGGCAAGACCGUCAUUCAAGUCUACGACUUCGAUGCUACGACUGGGGCACUGAUCGAAGCGAAGACGCCGCCCCUUGAAGUGGACGGGGCAGGUAGCUUCCUCGCCCUCGGCCAUGCUGCGGGCUAUUCGAACAAUGCGUUGUACUCCGUGGCCAAGCCUGGCGCAGCUGCCUUCCGCGUCGAUCCGGCCACCGGGCUCUUGGCUCACCUCAACACGGUGAAGUGCGACAUCUCAGGCGCCGCGCACGUCUCCCUGGCCUACCGGGGUGUGGAGGGUGUGGUCAUCACCUCUGCCUAUGGUGGAGGCGGCUUGAAUGUGAUCAAGGUCCGUGAAGAUGGCAGUCUGGCAGAGGUGGAGCCGGGAGCAUCGAUCCAGCAUCACGGGGGCAGCAACGUCUAUCAACCUGCAGAGGGCAACGAGCAGGAACAGGCGCAUCCGCAUUCCUGCUUUUUGGAUCCCGAAGGCAGGUUUGCCCUCGUUUCCGAUCUGGGCCAAGACAAGAUCUAUACCUACGCCGUGGAUGCUUUGAAGGGGCGCCUCGAAGCGCGCGGUGCCCUCGCAACGGCCCCGGGUGCAGGGCCGCGACACCUGUGUUUUCACCCCAGUGGACAGCUGGUGUACGGCAUCAAUGAGCUUGACUGCACAAUCAACGUUUACAGCUACGAUCGUGAUGAAGGCAAGCUCGGGCUGAUCCAAACAGUGUCCACGCUGCCGGCAGGCUACAACAACCGGGAUCACGCCAAUGCGAAGAAUGCUGCGGGAGAACCUGCAACAGGACCUAACAGGCCACAGCAGACCAAUGCGACUGCAGACAUCCACGUCUCGCCAGACGGUCGUUUCGUGUAUGGCUCGAACCGGGGCCAUGACAGCUUGGUCUGCUUCGCAGCCACUGGAAGCCAGCUGGAGCUGGUGGGCUUCACCUACACCCAAGGUGCGCACCCUCGAAACUUCAGCAUCCACCCCUCGGGGGACUGGGUCCUGGUAGCGAAUCAGGACAGUGACAACGUGGUGGUCUUCAGACGAGAUCAAGCCACAGGUGGUCUUACAGCGACAGACGCCCGGGUGACAGUCAAGGCAGCCAGGUGCAUCGUCUGGGGCCUUCCCGUGGAGCCUCGGAAAUGA